AUGUGAUGGUCCUGCCCAAGUGAUUUAAGCUGCGGGAGCUGGGUGCUGAGUCACGCUGGGCUGUGGAGCAGGGGCUUUGGGGUGUCCUGCCUGGUGGGGCUGGUGUUUGCAGCAUGGAGCAAGGACUGGUCGUUACUCAGCUGGACAUCCAGCCUGGUGAGUGCAUCAAGGUCAAAGGGAAGAUCCUGUCUGAUGCCAAAGGGUUUGCUGUGAAUGUAGGGAAGGACAGCAGCAACCUCAUGCUGCAUUUCAACCCUCGCUUUGACUGCCACGGGGAUGUCAACACCGUUGUGUGCAAUUCGAAGCAGGAUGGCACGUGGGGUGAGGAGGACAGGAAGGCUGAUUUUCCCUUCCAGUACGGUGACAAGAUUGAGAUUUGCAUCUCCUUCAAUGAAAUGGAGGCAACGGUGAAGCUGCCCGAGGUGGAGUUCCAGUUCCCUAAUCGUCUGAGCAUGGAGAAAAUUGAAUACCUGGCUGUGGAGGGUGACUUUAAAGUCAAAGCCAUUAAGUUCAGCCAACAGCGAUAGCUUGUUUAGUGUUCUCACCCUGCAUAGCGAAAUAAACCCAAACUUGCAAUGGC